GUUGCCAAAAAGGCAGCAGAGAUCUAAAUCGACCCAUCAGGGGCUCUUGUCACUCCUUGUACCUAGCAUCCUCGUCGUUAGCGUUCCAGCUGGUUCUUCUAGCAGCAUCUAGAAAUGACUAGAGACAUACUUGAUUGUGUCGCAGACUUCGAAGUAGACGAGUACAGACAAAAAGCAGGUGAAAGGCUUUUCAGAGACUUGGCAGGAAUCGACGGCUUUGUAAAGAAGACUGUGGCUUCUGGAGGUGCAUCAAGAUCGAAGGCCCCAAGCGAAAUGACGACUUUUGCACCUCCGUCUCGAAGGACGGCACCUCGAAUCGGUGCAUCCGUGAGCAGCGGUGGUACCUACAAUUUCCCAUGUUGUAUAUGUAUUGUGAGUCUUCCUCCAAAAAGAGAUCGUUUCUUCAGGAACUACAGCACAGUCACUUUUGCAUCUCUAUCCUAAGUAAUACACUCUUUUAGACAUCAGAGCGCAGUCUCCAAUAGAUACCAAUUCAGUCUCAAAAUUUCCUUUUGUAUUUGUUGUUAAGUAUCUGUUUCCGGCAGGUGUACCACUCACAGUACCUCGCAGUGCUUCUCCCCAAGAAGCCUUAGAUGAGAUGGAUGAGGAUGCGGCUGAAGCCGAAUAUGAACGAAGGAGGCAGAAGGUGUUGCAGCAAGGUACUUCGCAAAAAAUCUUCCCAUAAACUAAAACUUCUGAUUUUAUGUAUCAAAAUCGGUGAAGAUCCAGCAGUCGUCGAAGUAUAACCCCUAGAAGUUUCCACCUGCUUUUUUAAGAACUGAAAAAUCCGAAUGUGAAAACUUCGAGACUCACCUCAACAACGUCACUCAAAUGAUCUCCAAUCAGCACUCCACGGAGGCUCUUCUCGCAGCAAGCGUAUACCCUUGAGCGCGGGUGGCGUAAACAGCAAAUUUGCAACUGGUCGCGACCCUCCAACAUCUAUUAAGGCUUGGGAGUUGAAUCAACGACAUGUCUAUAUGCGCGUCUCUAUGUCUUCUUCAAGUAGGAAUAAAGCCACAGAUAUGCGAGCUAGAAAGAUGCCAACUUUCAACCCCUAACUCUACGUCUUCGAGUACAACAGCCAUGCUGUUUCGACCCAUGCCAAGAAGUUCAGCGACGCCAACUUCCUCUUCCUCGAGUAUGGAAGGUGGUGGAGGAGGUGGAAGAGCACUAGGUGUAGGUGGUCAACGCAAGAAUAAUACUGUGACAGCAUCUCCUUUAACAGGGAGAGAGGUUGUCUGUACGACACCUAGCACGUCAAGAACAAGUAUGACAUCAAGAAACAACAACUUUUAUGCAACUACUUCGACUGGCACUGGUACAAGUGCAGGUCAAAAUGGUGCAGCAAAUCCGCGAACUCCAGGACGGUCAGGACGCACACCAAGAGGCACUGCUGUCACACCUCGUGGUACUCUAAUGGCGGUUGCGAAUCAUGUGCAACGAAUGAAGUCAGCUCGUAGACACACUACUCCGACACCGAGCCAAGCACAUCAACAAGGUAGUACUAGGAGGGUUACUACAAUUAAGGUCAACAUUUAUAGUGUCGAUCUUUCUCGGCAUCUCGGUACCCUUUUCCCUUGUAUUCUCAUGAAAUACAAGGUAAAAGGGGUCAAGAUGAGGGGGCCGAGACGCAAUCUGGCAGACUCUAAUACAAUGACUAGAACUUCUUCGGGAAAUGCAGCAAGUGCGUCUUCGGCUUCUAAACAAGAUACUUACUGUUUUAACAACGGGAAGAAAAAUCUUCAUGUUGGCAAAGUCGAUGUAGAUGAAGGAGUAGAUGAUUAUGUUCAUGAAGAUAGAGGACAUGUUGGAGAACUAGGACUAGUACGGCACAGACCAGCCACGACGGAGGAGUUAGUGGCGCAACUACAGUCUGCUGGCCCCGGGAGUGAAGCGACGACACCCGUUUACUACAGUAGCGGGGCAGCUGCGCAGCCAAGUAAGAGGCACGUUGCAGCGACGUUUGGGACGAUGUCUCCAAAGACAGCGAAGAAGAUCUUGAGCUGCGGAGACCACAUUAGAGACCGGCAACACGAGGACUACGAUUCUGCCAUCGUCAGUACGCGAGCUCAUACGAAAGACGACUCUGUAUCGAUUCGAGCAGGUGCAGGUGGCGGAGAGCUGGAACAUGAUGAUCGUGAUCCACCAAUGGCACCACGAGAGAUGCAGGACGAUGAUUUGUUGCUGGGGAGUUAUCAUGACCACAACUACGACCAGCAAGAGCACGUACUACGGCAGGACCAGGUAGUUGUGCAGAGUUCUAGGAAAGUGAGCUACGUUCAUAAUCAGCGCGAUUGCGAUCGUGCGCUGCUCCUGAAACAACUGACAUUACAUGAAUCGUCUGCUUCUUCCCGCGCACAACGUCAUGAUCAAACAAAGAAGUCAUCAUCUUCAAGCUUCACAAGUCGUCCACUAUCAGCUAGAGGAACCAGAACAAUAACACCGCGAGGCAGCUCACACGUGAAAACGCCAAGAGGUGCUGCAUCAGGUGGCAACGGAAAAAUGUUACACCAGACCGCAGGUCAUCAUGGACGACCGCCUCCUAGAGUUGCCUGCGUGGACCUACAUUCCGGUGCGUCGACUAGACCAGCGGCUUACAAUAAUCAGCCUCAGCGACCACCAAGCGCUAGAACAACCGGUCAGCAACGCAUGAUUGGUGGUGCAUCUUCAUCAUCAUCUUCUUCUUGUUUAAAGAAGUAUCACAGAACUACCCCUGGUCCUGGUCAUCCUGGUCGUCCUCCUCAAUCACUAUCUUCUCAUCAAAAAUAUCCUAGCAACACAACCACAACUCUAGGUCCAUCUAACUCCACUAACUCUCUCCCUUGUCGCAGUUCGUCCAGAAGUACUGCCCCAUCUGGGUCUCCAGCUUCGACCUCCUCCUGCAAGAACAGCUAUCACCUGAGACAUCAACAGGAGAGGCAGAUGAAGACUCCACGAGGUGGGACGAUGGUAGACGGGUCUAAAAAUGCUCGUGCCACCAGUGGAACAAACGACUACGCGACGAAAAUGAUGGAGCGUCAACAUCAUUACAACAUCAAACCAGGAGAUGAUAUGAAAGAGGUAGUUUCCGUCGACCACAUGUAUGAGCAGUAUUACCAGAAAAAGAAAGAGCUCGAUGAACAUGGGCAAGAGGGCUCUAGGUCUAGUACUGGAACUAGAAGCUCGUCAAACGCGAGGUUGUAUGCUAGUGCCUGUCAAGCUGGACGAGACUUGUAUGAGCGAAACACCAUGUGGAGGCGACGCAUAGACCAUAGGUACUAUAGACCAUAGGUACUAAAGAGCAUAGGUACUAUAGACCAUAGGUACUAAAGAGCAUAGGUACUAAAGAGCAUAGGUACUAUAGACCAUAGGUACUAUAGAUCAUAGGUACUAUAGACCAUAAGUACUUUUUGUUGUUUUUUUACUGAUGUUGACCACGAUGAAGAGAUGACUCUUCUAAAGAUGGUGAUUUCAAACGUCUACGUUAUACUUAGACUGCUUCUGGUACUCACAAUGAUGAAAGUGUACCCAUUAAUAUUACCACUUGUUCGACCAUUUCCUCGACGGUGACAAAUAUUAACAUUUCGUUCCAGGUGCAUCGAUACGCGGCAGGAAAAAGAGCGGCGGGAGCUCGCAGAGUGUACUUUUACACCACGGCUAGUGCAGUCAACUACAACACCAAGAUUAAGGGUUUCCGAAUUACAUCCCUCACUACCAUCCUUGGCUCCUUUUCAAGGGGGAAAUAGGGCAAGGAUGUUCUGAAGAAUGCAACUCGGCAACCUCUAACAAGAGGAGCCACGAGUACAGCAGGUCAUGGUAACAGCAGUGGUAGGGUUGCAACUGUCAACUUGUGGGUUCCAUCUAAUUCUUCGUCUACCACAAAACGAAGGACAACCACCCGGAGAGAACCUUCGACUCCAGACAUCUAUGCGCGUCAAGGCCUCUGGCGUCGCAAGGUGGACGAAAAAGUUGAGCGCGAACGCAUCAAAGCGGACAGAAAGCGUGCUGAAGAAGAGCGCAAGCACUUUCAGCAGAGGAAGAACUGUGGCGUUUACACUCCCGAAGAGGCUGCGAGGCGAAUGAAACGUUUCUACGAUAACAAUCUAGAGUGGGCACGCGCGAGAGAAGAAAAAGUUGAACAACUAUGGCAAAGUGAGCACAUGUUGUACAGUGCCUCGACGAGCAGUGGUGGAUACGGGACUGGAGCGGGAGUGAUGAGGCGUGCUGCUGCGUAUCUGAAUGAAGUACCUGAUGAUCAUGAACUACCUUUUGGGGCGGAGACAACAUCUUCAGAACCACCAGGACAAGAAGUAGAACGUCCUCCUCAACUACCACCUCAUCAUGGGAAUCAAGAACAUCGAACGCAGCUCGGCGCCAAAAAGAUGAAAACCAUUCCACCAGUAUUGCCUGUAGCUGAAGAAGACGGUGCUUUGGGGGGUGGUGGGCUGUCCCCUGCGAGAGACGACGAGUUGCGUGAAAUUUUGGGGCAUCUAACGCGUUUGCAAGCGAAUUGUCGAACAUGAUGAAGAAAAAGAGAUGUUGCGCAUUCUUUUUCACUUUUUUUCAGUCUCACUUGACGACCAAUCAGAAGAUUAACAAAUAAAACAUCAUACAUAUUUAUCUAUCAAAAUCGACAACGCUUGCCUUUCUGACAAGAACAACUAAAGUAGAAUUUGUUGCCCUGUCACUUUUCAUUUUGCUUUUUCCACGACUUCCAGUCAGUCUGGUUCCAUUUCCGCCAAAC